AAUCGAAGGAUUCCUCUCUCUUGAUUUCACCAUUUUUCCUCUCUCUCUCUCUAGACAGUUCCCUUUUCGCCUUCCGAGAAGAGAGAUAGAGCAAGGCCAAGGAAGAAUUUCUCUGAGAUCGAGGUUCUGGGGGAGGAGAUUUUUUUUUUUGCUGGCGUUUGGGAGGUCAAAUCUGGCGAAGGUGGAGGGCCUGAGAGCGAGGCCGUGGCUGCUGAAGCAAGGAGCUUGUGCAAUCGGAGGCCGGGACGAGGACGACGCCGACGAGGACGAGCACUCGAGGCCGUGGUGGCGCCGUCGCGUCAGAUCCUUGUACAUGGCGGCGCUCCCCUUCACCCCCUCCGCUCUCCGGAUCGCACUCACUCUGCUCGUCCUCGCCGCCUUCGCCACCGCUUGUUCUUUCCUCCCCAUCGAACAGAAACUGAAGGACUUUUUAUUAUGGAUUAAGGAGGAUUUGGGACCUUGGGGUCCAUUUGCAUUGGCUAUUGCAUAUAUUCCUCUCACAAUUAUGGCGGUUCCUGCUUCUGUGCUCACGCUUGGAGGAGGUUAUCUUUUUGGCCUGCCAGUAGGAUUUAUUGCCGACUCUCUUGGAGCUACAUUAGGCGCAACUGCAGCAUUUCUGCUUGGUAGGACGGUCGGUAGAUCUUAUGUCACCUCAAAGAUAAAGAACUACCCGAAGUUUCAAGCUGUUGCCACUGCAAUUCAGAGAUCUGGCUUUAAGAUUGUUUUGCUGCUCCGCCUUGUGCCUUUACUGCCCUUCAAUAUGCUGAACUACCUCCUAUCUGUAACUCCCGUUGGCAUAGGAGAGUACAUGCUUGCCACAUGGUUGGGGAUGAUGCCCAUUACAUUUGGACUAGUAUAUGUUGGAACUACUCUCAAGGAUCUUUCUGAUGUUACUCAUGGAUGGCAUGAGAUCUCAACAACUCGCUGGGUGAUCAUGGUGUUCGGCUUUGUUCUAUCUGUGAUCCUGAUAGUGUGCAUAACAAGAGUGGCGAAAUCAUCGUUGGAGAUAGCACUGUCGGAGAAUCUCGAUUUAGAAGGGAAAACAUGUCCGUCGUCGACACUCCCAAUGGUGGCAGAGCCCUCAAUGGAUCUACACACGUCCCUCCUUAUAAGGAUUGACCCAUCGGUGGGCGAGACACAGACUUGAGGUGACCAAAUACCGUUUUGUUGUAAAUCCUUUCGAUCCAUCAUAUUCACACUUUGAAAACACCUCACGUUUUCCAGGCCUCUUCUGCCUCUACAAUAGGAAACCUAAUACAAAUUUUUAAAAAAAGCGGAAAAGAAAGCAAGAGAAUUCUUUUUUUCUUUUUUGUUUUGUAUAGCAUAAUGGGAACCUACAUUUUUCCAUGUACCCUUUAUAAGGUCUUUUACUGAAUUGAUUGUUUUCACUC